AUGCUCGUUCUAUACGAGUUGUCAAGUUAUUCGCUAUUCCACUGCGUCAGAGCCAUAGCUAUGGGGUUGGCAACAUCGUUUGGAGGGUGCGUUGGGGUGAGGAGGGUUGCGUCACGUGCGAGGUCCGCACUCCGCAGCCCGACGCAUGCGAGACCGCGGGGCGCCGGCGGCGCAGGCGCGCCCCUCUAUCCCCUGCCUCUAGUCAGUCAGCCGUCGGCGACCGUCCCGUCCGCUUCCAUAGCGCCCGAACGUCGCGAGUGCUUAUCAAGUGAUGUCGACUUGUGA